AUGAGUUUGUCACGAAAUGGGACUCUGGAGAAGACGUGUCUGACCAUGCCCCACUCUGAGCGGGGCACCCCCUCCAGAGCGGGGUCAGGGGUCGUGGUACCGCCUCCGUACUCUGGGGGCAGUGAAGCCCCUGAAACCCCUCUAGAGUUACGGGUCCUGGACUGCUGGGCAUGCUCGGUGUUGGUCACAGCACAGAAUAUGAUAAUAGCUUUGAUAAACGCAGGGCUGGCCAGCAUCGUGUUUGGCACCAUCCUCACACCUGCACUUACAAUGAUCAUAUUUGGCUUCCUUUGCCACUCCACGGUGCAGCCUCAUGGAACCUCUCUGUACUGCUCAGAUCUGCUGGAUGACGGGGGCUGUGUGGCUCUGCUGGUGGUGGGCUUCCUGUUGCUGACCCCCCUGCUGGUCCUGGCUCUGGCUGCUUACUGUCGCCUGGCCCGUCACCUCCAGCUAGGCAUGUGUUUCAUCCCCUACAGUCGCGCUGUGUACAAGAACCUUCCCGCCUCACGGCACAGGGGGGGUGCAACAGGAGGGUGCUGCGGCCAGCAGGGAGCUGCAGAGAGGGAGGGGAAGGGAAGCGUAUGGGUAUAGGAGAGAAGGAUUGUAAUCGGUGUAUGCAUCCAUGUCAAAUGUCGAGGGUUGGACUGUUUAGCUCUUUUUUUUUUUUUAAAGUAGUUGCAAUUAUAUGUCUUCCCAUACAGCUAUUGUAAAAACAGACUCAUAUUUCCUCAAUUAUAGUGAUUGUGUUGAAGUCAAUAAUGCUUUCUGUAAACAAUUUAAAUGUAAUGAAUGUAUUUUCUACCUUUUUACAAUAAAACAUCAUGUAUCUUUAAA